AACGUCUUUAAACUUCAAUAUUGAAUUUAUUAUAAUGUUCUUUCAUAUCUUAGCAUUCGAUACAAUGAAUAAUGUAGGUUAAUAAGGAUGUAUUUUGCGCGUUUAAAAUUUUUUAACACUUAAGAAAAGCAAUGAGUUAGCUUGUUGGGAUAAUGUAUUGUGUUUACUUGCAUUAAAAACAAUUAUCGUGUUUACACUUUACAUUGUCUUUUAAAACAUUUCUAUUUAUUUUUCAGACUUUUCUUUUUCAGAAUAAUUAUUUUUUGGUCUUGUCAUAAUAUGAUAAUAACGUACAGCAUUUCCAUAAUACUCGUUAAUAAUUGCGAUAAGAUAUAUACCAAAAAAAGUACGUACGUAUCUACUUGUCUAUUUAUUACUCAAAAUCCUUCCGUUCGUUUCGUUCAUUUCCUUCUCUUCUUUCCUCCAACUCUCUCCCUCUGUCCCUUCUCUCUCUCUCUCUCUCGCCAAAACCAAAAGGAAGAAGCUUUUCCCAAAGCAGAGCUCCGUAUGGCGGCCGAUGUGAGCUAUCUGAUCAGGGGUAUGAGCGCCUACAAGGACGAUCGGGCUGUCGGCGCCGGCGAACCUUCCCUGAUUACAAGGGAUUUGCUCGGCGGAGGAAGUUCUAGCUCCGCCGUCGGUGGGUCGGAGUGCAAUGAGUUUCAGGAAUUGGACCUCGACGUCCAAGUCCCCACUGGCUGGGAAAAGCGCCUCGAUUUAAAGUCAGGGAAGGUGUACUUGCACAGAAGCAACGCAUCAUCAGCUUCGCCGUCGUCCUCCUCCUCCUCCGAUCACCGACACCAUCACAACCUCAGCCAAGCGUUCCCCAAGCUCCAGGAUUUGAACUUCCCGCCGUCGCCAUCGAGAAUCACGCUCAACCUCUUCGAGGAGAGCAGCCUGGAGCUGAAACUGUCAGCUGCCGCUUCCACCUCCUCCUCCCUCAACUACCAGAGCGUCUGCACUCUGGAUAAGGUCAAAUCAGCCUUGGAGAGGGCGGAGAGGGACCCUGUUCACGCGGCGGCGUCGAUAAAGAAGCGGUUUCCGGCGGGGAAGUCGUCGAUGUCCCCUUCUUACUCGUCGUCGUCGUCUUCCGUCAGGGAGCUGGCUUCAGGGGAGGAAGAAACAGAGGAGAGGGCAGGGGCAGCUGCUUCUUCCCCUGUGGCGGCAGGGUGCCCUGGGUGCUUGUCGUACGUGUUGAUCAUGAAGAACAAUCCCAAGUGUCCGAGGUGUAACUCGGUGGUUCCGAUGCCGGCGAUGAAGAAGCAGAGGAUCGACCUCAACAUCUCCAUUUGAAGGCGGUGGUAGUAGGAGGAAAGAGUGGUUUUUUUUUUUUUUUUUUUUUUUGUAAAUGGAUAGAUAGGAAUUAAGAUUUAGGGAUUAAGGCAGGCAGGGGGUGGGUUAUUGAGGGACAGAAAAAAAAAAAGGAUAUAUUAUAUUAGGAGGGAAGGGGUAUAAGAAAAAACAAGGAUUUUAAUUAUUAUGAUGGUUGAUUAUGGGAGUUGCUAAAGGUCGCCCUUAAAAUUUUUAAAUGUCGCCCUAAAAAACAUCAAAGUUACAAAUUUAAUCUUUUAGCUUCUUUACUCUUCCUUUAGCAAACAAACACCACUUAGUAAAGAAAAUAAAACAUUAUUCAAAAGAGAGAAUCCGUCAUCGUCAUUCUGGAGUUGGAAUUGUCGAUAUGAUAUCUGGAUCAUGACUAGCGACUCUGAAUCAGUAAAGUUCACUCAAAAAAUUGGAAAAAAAGGGAACCGUAGCUCAUUUGCGGUUGCACCAUGGGCCAACCGCAGCUCUCUUGCGGUUGCACCAUGGGCCAACCGCAGUUCACUUGCGGUUGGUCCAUGGUGCAACAGCAAAUGAGCUGUGGUUGGUCCAUGGUGCAACCGCAACUCACUUACCCUCUAUUACCGAGGACAGAGUGCUCACUCACAUAACGAGUUAGCUGUGGUUGUCCAGAAGUAACGGAAGAUCUAUUUCCAUAUGAGAGCCGGCGCCUUUCGAAGCCCUUUCGUCUGUGUGUGCGCGGGCUACCUAUGCUUUAUUCGCCCGCCAUUCAUUUUUUGGAGGAAAGAAAUAUGACGAGAAAGGGAGAAAACCUUCGUGGCUGUUGGGCAUAUCCUUUUUUUUUAGCAAAAACUUUUCCAUUUCCUACCCGUAGUUCCGCUUCUUGUUGCGGUUGCACCAUGGACCAACCGUAACUUGCUUUAGGUUGAGCGUUUUUUUGAAAAUUUCGUUAGAGAACGGGCGACGCCGACGAACUGGUGCGUCGAGAGGGAUUCGCGAAGAAGGCAGAUGAGGGGUUCAGUUUGAGGGGUUAGGGAUUGUUUGAUUUGUUUAAAUUUUGAAAUUUUAUUGGGGGUAUAUAAGUCAUUUAUCAUUAGAGUUAGGGUGACUGUUAACAAUUUUAAGGGCGACAUUUAGCGAUUCAGUUGAUUAUUAAUGCAUAUAAACUAUGGUUGGUUAUGGAGUCUAUAAUGCGCGCUGGUGUUUUUUUUUUUUGGGUUUAAUUAUUGUUCUUUGUGGGAUUUUCUCGAUCGGUUUCUUUUUGGGUCUGGCAGUUUGUUUGUUGAGAAGGUGCGGUUGCAUUGCAUAUAGAUUAUUUGGUCCUAGAUUGCGUUGCAGGUAGAUGCGUGGCCAAAAUCCUAGUAAGACUGAAGUGGCAGUUUCAGUUUCAGUUUACAGGGACUGGAAGGUGAAAAAUAAGCUGAAUAACAAUACAAAAAGUGGCAGUGGCAGGGGCAGGGGAGCAAUAAAUAAAUAAGUUGGAUUUAA